AUGAGCACUUGUCGCUAGUGUAUAUAAGCUGGCGGGUUUAUCUCCCCCGAUGUCUUCAGGAGGUGCAUAGAUACACACACGUGACCAUGCGGUGUCUCCUGCCGGCAGCCAUCUGGCUGCUGUCUUGCGCAGCCCUGCAAGUUGCAGGUGUCUACGACUACAAGUCCGUCCUGCAGAAGUCUCUGCUGUUCUACGAGGCGCAGCGGUCGGGCAAGCUGCCGUCCAACCAGAAGGUCAAGUGGCGACACGACUCCGCCCUCCACGACAAGGGCAACAGCGGCGAGGACCUCACCGGGGGAUACUACGAUGCUGGUGACUACGUGAAGUUUGGCUUCCCGAUGGCGUUCUCGGCCACCGUCCUGGCCUGGACCGUGGUGGAUCACGCCGCUGCCUACCAGAAAGCAGGUGUGUUGGCUGAAGCACGAGAGGUGGUCAAAUGGGCCACCGACUACUUCCUCAAGUGCCACGUGAGCGAGUUCGUGUUCUACGGCCAAGUGGGGAUAGGCCAGACCGACCACAACUACUGGACGCAGCCCGAGGACAUGACGGAGGCUCGCCCAGCUUACAAGAUAACGGCUUCUGCUCCAGGGUCUGACCUCGCUGCCGAGACCGCCGCUGCCUUGGCCGCUGCGUACAUGGUCUUCAAGGGCGUCGAUGCCAACUACGCCAGGAAACUGCUCGUUCACUCCGAGCAGCUCAUGAAGUUCGCCAACACGUACAAGGGCAAAUACUCCGACUCCAUCGCCGAUGCCAAGAACUUCUACGCAUCCAGCGGCUACGUCGACGAGCUUGCCUGGGGCGCAGCCUGGCUGUACAGGGCCACCAACAACAAGGAGUACUUGAACAUCGUGAACGAGUACUACAGCAGCAUCAUGUACCAGGACGGGUUCGGGUGGGACAGCAAGAAGUCGGGGGUCGACGCCGUCAUGUACAAGGUUACCAAGGAUGCAAAGUACAAGCAGCGGCUGGUAGCGUACUGCGACUACAACUUCAACCAGGCCAAGAAGACGCCAAAAGGUCUCAUCUUCCUCGGCGACUGGGGUUCCCUCCGCAAUGCUGCCAACGCCCUGUUCAUCUGCUCGGAGGCCGCUAAUGACGGAAUUAACACUGCCUCCUACCGAGCGACAGUGAAGAAACAGAUCGGCUACUUCUUGGGAGACACCGGCUUCAGUUACGUCGUUGGCUACGGCAGCAAAUAUCCCAAAUACGCUCACCACCGUUCCAGCUCGUGCCCCGACCACCCGGCGGCGUGCGGCUGGGACUUCUUCAACAGCAACACCCCCAACCACCACGUGCUGGAGGGCGCGCUGGUCGGAGGCCCCAGCUCGGACGACUCGUACACGGACACGCGCAAGGACGCCCAGCACAACGAGGUCGCCUGCGACUACAACGCCGCCUUCCAGGGCGUCAUAGCCAACCUCGUGGAGCACAGCUAGAGGGACCCACAACUACCUUCACAACCACUUCUUUUACCUUCCGACCUUGCGAACAAACUAGGAAAAAUAAAUAAAGGUUUAUAAGCGCAA